ACAGAAGCACGCAAAAACCCUAGGUUGGUGGCUGGAUCCUAUAAAUUUAUUUUUUCAGUUCGAUCUAGGGUUUCUUUGCGAGGCGAGUGACACAUUUGGCUUUUGUGGAUUCUCUCGUAGAAAGGACCAGACCGUAACCAUGGUGGCCGCCAAGAAGACCAAGAAGACUCAUGAGAGUAUCAACAGCAGGCUGGCUCUGGUUAUGAAGAGUGGGAGGUAUACUUUGGGUUACAAGACUGUACUCAAAUCUCUCAGGAACUCUAAAGGGAAGCUGGUCAUAAUUGCUAACAACUGUCCUCCCCUUAGGAAGUCCGAGAUAGAGUACUAUGCAAUGUUGGCAAAGGUUGGAGUUCACCACUACAAUGGCAACAAUGUAGACCUGGGUACUGCCUGUGGCAAAUAUUUCAGAGUGUGCUGCCUGAGCAUUAUGGAUCCAGGUGAUUCUGAUAUCAUUAAGAGCAUGCCUGGUGACCACUGAUUAGGCCACAAGGAAUAGCAUUUCUCCAUAGGUUUUGGUCAUUUUUUUUUCCUUGCUGGGGUUGGGUUGUGAUAUGGGUUUUCAAUUGCAAACUAUGAUACUGUUUAACAAGAACAAUUUUGUGUGGAACUUGUGAGCUUCUAUUGGUAGCCCUUUCAGUGAUUUUUAAUUAAUCUGAAAUGAAGACCAAAAAUGAAUUUUCUGGUA